ACCUCUCUCCUCAUUUCGAGCCUUUGCCAAAUUCCCUCCUCCCCUCUCCUCCUCCUCCUCCUCCUCCUCCUCUCUGGCUGCCAGUAGCGCCUCUUAGUCCGCGUAGGGGAGCGUUCAUACCCCGCUGUCGGCGUUUAGCGGAUGGGGUUCUCGGCUUGAGCCGGAGGGAGGAGGAGGAGAAAGAUGAACGGUAACCCGUGUGCCCGCAGGCUGGCCCGGCGCUCCAGGUCCGCCCUGCUGCUCGCCGCUCUGGCCGUCCUGCUGGUCCAGACUCUCAUCGUGUGGAACUUCAGCAGCCUGGACUCUGCCGCCGGGGACGGCGGCGCCAGGAGCCGGGAGAAGAGAGAGGACCGAGCCGGGGGUCUCAACAAAGCCGAUCGGGAGCACCCGCGGAGGGGGCUGCAGAAGAAGGGCAACCCGCCGCCGCCGCUCGGAAAGGCGGCCGUCAGGCACAAGCUGCAAGCGGACGUAUACCAUUCCCACCGCCCCAAAGAGAAACUUCGCCUGGAAAGCAACAACAACGAGAACUCUGUCCCCAAAGACUUUGACUCCAUCGACAGCAACAGCAACCUGGGUGCGCGCCAACGAGUUCCAGUCGGGAACAGCAAACGUAAGCUGGACAAGGCCCAAGUACAAAGCAUGCUGGGAAAAUCUGCUAAUGAGGUCCUCAAGUUCCCUCCCGUCCAACCCCAAGCGAUCGGGCACAAUCACAACCACACCCACAUCCGUAAACCCCACCCCCAGGUGCCGACCGUCCCGGCACUGGUCCAGGGGUCCAAUCGGGAUCCACCGUUCUACCAGUCGAAGAAGUCGGUCAGUCUGGAGCCGAAGAAGGAGCGGCCGCAGUGUGAGAUCAGUGGGAAGGAAGCCAUUUCCGCUCUGUCCAGAGCCAAGAGCCGGGAGUGUCGGCAUCAGAUAGCGGAGGUCUACUGUAAGCACAAGGAGAGAGCGCUGAUGCCUGAGAAAGUGCCUCGCUACUGCCCCAUAGAAGGUAAGGCUAAUGUGAACGUACAGUGGAAUGAGGGACCCUUAGACGCUGCCCAGCUUGUGCCGGUGCGGAUCGCCUUCGUCUUGGUCGUCCACGGCCGAGCCUCGCGACAGUUUCAGCGUCUCUUCAAAGCCAUCUACCACACCUCACACUACUACUACAUCCACGUAGAUAAGAGGUCCAACUACCUUCACAGGGAGAUCCUGUCUCUGGCCAGCCAGUUUCCGAACGUCCGGGUAACUCCUUGGCGGAUGGCCACCAUCUGGGGCGGGGCCAGCCUGCUGACCAUGUACCUACGCAGCAUGGAGGACCUUCUCAAAAUGGCCGACUGGUCUUGGGACUUCUUCAUCAACCUGAGCGCUGCCGACUACCCCAUCAGGACCAAUGAACAGCUGGUGGCUUUCCUGUCAAAGUACCGCAACAUGAACUUCAUCAAAUCUCACGGCAGAGACAAUGCACGUUUCAUCCGUAAACAGGGUCUUGACCGUCUCUUCUACGAGUGCGACACCCACAUGUGGCGUCUCGGGGACCGCAAGAUCCCAGAGGGCAUUGCUGUGGACGGAGGCUCUGACUGGUUCCUACUCAACCGGCCCUUCGUGGAUUAUGUGGUUAACUCCAGAGACGAGUUGGUCAGCAACAUGAAGCGCUUCUACACCUACACACUGCUGCCUGCUGAGUCAUUUUUCCACACCGUGCUGGAGAACAGCCCCCACUGUGAGACCAUGGUGGACAACAACCUGAGGCUCACCAACUGGAACCGCAAACUGGGGUGUAAAUGCCAGUAUAAGCACAUUGUGGACUGGUGUGGCUGCUCACCCAACGACUUCAAGCCUCCAGAUCUUCCGCGAUUCCAGUUGGUGACAAGGUGCCAUGGAGCAAGGCAUUUAACACCCAGCUGCACCAGACUGCAAGUGUCCAGACCCACCUUCUUUGCCAGGAAGUUUGAGGCCAGUGUCAGUCAGGAGAUCAUCAGCCAGCUGGACUCCUUCCUGUUUGGAGCGUUUGCCUCAGGCACCCCGGGCCUCCAGGCCUACUGGGAAAACAUCUAUGAGCAGGAGACGGACGGGCCUGCCAGCCUAUCAGACUCCGCACUCAGCCACUAUCAUGCCUUCGCUCGUAUGGGAUUAUCCCGCGCUGCCAACUCACUGCAGGGCCAUCCCAACGAUAACAGCUGCAGGUACGUCGCCACAAGCCACCCAGUGUCAGUCCACCUCUACUUCCUGUCAGACCAGUUCCAGGGCUACCUUGUACGUCAUGUAGCCUCUAACCGAGCUUCCACCCAGCUGGAGAGCCUGGAGACCUGGGUGACAACCAAAGACCAUUUCACCCUGGCCAGCACCCCCAGUCCCACAAACAGGCUGCAGCACGCCCAGGUGGGAACUGAUUGGGAUCCUAAGGAGCGUCUCUUCAGGAACUGGGGGGGUCCGCUGGGUCCCGAGGACGAGCCGGUGGCCGUGCAGCGCUGGAGCCGAGGCCAGAGCAACCUGACAGCCACCGUGGUGUGGAUCGACCCCACCAACGUCAUUGCUGCCACAUAUGACAUCCUGGUGGAUGCUUCUGCUGAGGUCACCCACUACCGUCCGCCGCUCACCCCGCCGCUGAGGCCUGGUGUGUGGACUCUGAAGGUGCUGCACCACUGGAACCCGCUAGGCCAGACCAGCUUCAUCGUGGCUCCGCUGGAGUUUCACCGCCAACAGCCCAUGCUGCAAGAGGACGCUCUGCGGCUGCACGGCGGCCCAGCCAGGAACUCCUACAUGGAGCAGAGUUUCCACGGCCUCAACCCAGUGCUGCAGCUGCCGGUGAGCCUGGGCGCCGUCGAGGAGGCCGAGGCCAACGCUGCUCUGACGGGGGCGCCGUUGCAUCAAUGGGUGGACCGUUUGCUUGAUGGCUACUGGUCUGCCUCCGACAUCUGCUCGAUGGGCCCCAGCGCCUGUCCCGUCAUGCAGCGAUGCCGCCUCACUGUCUGGAGCUCUGCUAGCCCCGACCCGAAAUCGGAAAUGACCCCGCCCAGAGAGGAUGGCCGGAUCAGGUAGCAGGACGACGGACUGAGGGAUGUGUGAAUGGAGGAGAGGAACAAAUGAAGGCAGGCGCAGGGCUGAGGCCCUUUUAGUGUCCUAUUUAUUUAUUUAAAGUUUGUGAAUGAUGGGGAGGUGGGGGUGAAAAAAGGAUGGAGAGAACUUCAGAGGCAGUGACGAGAAGAAGAGACGCUGAGGAAGAAAAUUCUCCUCGGUCCUCAUUCAGUCUGCUCUGCGUGUGUGUGUGUGUGUGUGUGUGUGUGUGUGUGUG